CCUCUAGUUGAAUCAGCUGCAACAAAUUCUUUUUGGCAGGCAUGUGUGAUGGGGACAAAGACAAAACAACUGAUCCAGAAUGCUCCUCUACUAAGAUCAAAUGGGCACUCAAAGCCUUGUGUUUUGGGCAGCUGCUAGCCUUCUGUAAUGCCCUCUCCGGCAUUUUCAACCAAAUCAUCACUUCCAAAUCCACGGAAUCUCUCCCAGCCUGUCAGACUGCCCUAAACUACAUUUUCAUCUGCCUCACAUACGGACUUUACCAAUUUAAGAAACACGGACUCUCCCUCCAUCUCUCCAGAAUGGGUAUCAAGUGUUUUGCAAACGCAAUCAUAGACGUUGAGGCCUGGUACUGGAUCUACAAGGCCUACAACCUUACCUCCUUAACCAGCGUUCAAUCGCUGGAUUGUUUAUCCAUACCAGUUGUUAUCAUAAUAUCCAGGUUCUUCAUGCACAAAGCGUAUAACUGGUACCAGUACGGAGCCAUACUUCUCUCUGUUCUGGGUGUGAUGCUGAUUGUGUACAGUGACUACGAUCCCAAGGACUCUGCCAAUAUACAAGGAGAUAUCAUGUGUGCAUUGGGAGCUUUGCUCUUCGGAGUCAGUACUAUAUGUCAGGAGUGGAUCAUUGAGGAAGCGGGCAUUUACGAGUACAUGGGAACGGUAUGUUGGUAUGCGAUAGGGCUCAGCCUUGUGAAGGUAGCGGCUCUGGAGGGUGGAAUUUUAAUAAAAGUUGUAAGCAAUAAUCCAACCAUAACAUUGUAUAUGGUAGCUUUGGGAGUCUCCCAGUUUGUCUUUUACUCCAUCAUGCCCAAAAUGCUUCUGAAGUUUGGAAGCGGAGCCGCGACUAUCAAUAUCCUGGCUGCGGACCUCUAUGCAGCCGUGGCAGGGGUUCACCUCUUCAAGCUGUCCUACGAUGCCUGUUAUAUGGCAGGGAUGGGGAUAACUUGCGUCGGCAUCAUAAUCUACACUCUUAAAGGAGAUGGAAAAGAGGGAGAAGUUCAAUUCAGCGACGAGAGUUCGGACUCACUAUUGACAUACUCAGAUAAGGACAUUAACUUGGACGUUGACUCUUUUUUGAAGUGUGAGGUACCGUCAUGAUGGUGUUUACUAGUGUAGAAUUCUUAAAUCUUAUCAGAGGACACUGCCUAGCGGCUUUUUCAUUAUACUUUAAUAUCAGUGGUGUUGUUUUCGUAACUUUUAACUUAGUUCUUUAACUUUUAUAGGGUACUUGAAAAUACCUUAUUAAAUAUGUUGAAUAUAUUGAAAUCGUCUAAUUCGUG